GCGGGCUUUGUAAUGCGAAGUCACUCGGAAGUAGUUUUGUGUCGUGUAGAAAGCCAGACCUGUUGCUACCCCUCACCGCCGCCGUCACCCACCUGGCACCCCACCUCCGCCUCUGUUUUGAGAGUACGCGGAAAUUUUUCGCCCAGGCUGGUUGUCUCAGCAAGACUCCAUGAGCGCCCGUUGGCUGUUAUGGAUGUGAGUUAGUCGUUGGUGCACGCGAGGGUGUUUUGUUGUGACAAAAGCUGUCGCCAUAGAGAAGGCUUUGCAAUCAAAAGUGCCGAGAUCAGAAGAAGCCGGGGCUUUAGGGAGAAUAAUGUUUUUACUUAGGAAGAGAUUGCCCAUGAAGUAUCGCUGACAAGUUUUUUAAACUUCUUACUCUACUCUUUUCCGCCUUUUGCUUAAGUUUAACCGACGACGCGCAUCCUAUUUUUGUUUCAAUUUUUCUUCCCGACCUCCCAAUUCAUGACAUUAUUUUGGUGGUUCCAUGGGAUAAAACUGUAAGAUCUUGGUCUUCUUGCUUCAGAAGGCAAAGGGUGCUGUUUAUAGCCCUCCACUUUCUAUGACUUUUGCCCCCCCCCCUUCCUGGUUCUCCUGAGGAAGCCACUGCACUGAUAAGCCACUGCACUCCCAGACAUGUGUCCUGCAGACCCAGCCUUUGAAGGACAGCCUUUUAAAGAUCCCUAUGAAAGAUUCAUGUAUCAGCAUCUCCAGUACUAUGGCUAUUUCAAAGGUGAUGAACAGGGUCUUCAGAACUCCUCUUUGCCUCUUGAGAACUGGCGGAAGAGCUCUCAAUAUACGUUGAAACCAAGCGAUUUCCAAAAGAUGCUUAGCUCAGAACUUCAUGAAGACAAGAAGCUGCUCAGUUCAUUUAUAACGGAACAGGCACUUCUUAAAAGCAAACAACUUAUGCUUGAUCAUCCUGAAGACCCUGGCAUUCUACGCUUACGAGAACCUCGGAACCUUUUUUCUCUUCCCACCUGUAGAGAUUCACUUUUGGCCCCACUCUGGCCAGUAGAAUGUGAAGUAAUCCAGGAUCAGAUCCACCACAUUGAGUGGGUUCCUGCUGAACCUGAACCCUUCUAUCAGCCAACAGGAAAUGAAAUAGCACCAGAAAUAAUGGGAGAGGACUGUGGAACUAUUGUUUACUACAUAGCUCCAGCCACCAAGGGUACCCUUUUCACCGGUUCCCGAGUUGGAAGGUCACAAGAGCCCAUCAAAUCAGCUGCAGUGAGCUUAACAGGUCCAGAAGAUACUAAAUUGUUGUUUGAAUCACGUUUUGAGAGCGGGAACCUACAGAAAGCUGUCAGGGUAGGCAUGUAUGAAUAUGAGCUCACAUUGCAAACGGAUCUUUAUACCAGCAAGCAUACUCAGUGGUUCUACUUUCAAGUACAAAAUACCAGGAAUGAUGUCGCUUAUCGCUUCACUAUUGUCAAUCUGAUGAAAUCCAAGAGUCUCUACAGCAUGGGAAUGAAGCCUCUCCUGUACUCUCAGAAGGAUGCUGAAUGUAAUGGAAUUGGCUGGAGAAGAGAGGGUAGUGAUAUCAAAUAUUACAAAUAUAACACAAAAGAUGGUCAGACAUUGUAUUGCCUCACCUGGACAGUGUGUUUUCCACACAACCAUGACACAUGCUAUUUUGCUCAUUUUUAUCCCUACACCUAUUCUGACUUGCAGCACUAUCUCUUGACUUCAGUAAAUGAUCCUCUCCGUUCUCAGUAUUGCAAACUUCGACCUUUGUGCAACAGUCUAGCUGGGAACACAGUAUACCUCCUCACUAUUACCAAUCCAUCCAAGAGUGCUGCUGCUGCUGCAGCAAAGAAAGCUGUUGUGUUAAGUGCCAGGGUCCAUCCUGGGGAAACGAAUAGUUCCUGGGUGAUGAGAGGCUUCCUAGAUUUCAUCCUAAGUGAUUCUCUUGAUGCUCAGCUCCUUCGGGAUCUCUUCAUAUUCAAAGUUGUGCCCAUGCUAAACCCUGAUGGGGUAAUUGUUGGGAACUACCGUUGCUCAUUGGCAGGAAGGGACUUGAACAGGAAUUACAGGACAGUAUUAAAGGAAUCUUUUCCUUGUAUUUGGCACACUCGGGCCAUGAUCAAGAGAGUCCUUGAGGAACGGGAAAUUCUGCUGUAUUGUGACUUCCAUGGGCACAGCCGCAAGAAUAAUGUCUUCAUGUAUGGCUGCAACAACAAAUAUGCAUCGGAGCAGCUGCUUUAUGAACGGGUCUUUCCUCUUAUGUUGAGCAAGAAUGUUCCUGACAAGUUUUCUUUCCACAGUUGUAAGUUUAAGGUCCAAAAGAAUAAAGAAGGAACAGGGCGGAUUGUGAUGUGGAGAAUGGGAAUUAGGAAUAGUUAUACCAUGGAAUCCACAUUCAGUGGUUCAACACUGGGCAAUAAGUCUAACUCCCAUUUUACUUAUGAGGAUCUCAAAUCUUUAGGCUAUCACGUCUGUGACACCUUAUUGGACUUUUGUGACCCUGAUCGCUCCAAGUUUCAGCAAUGUUUGACUGAAUUACAAGAGCUAUUGCAGCAGCAAAUCCAGAGCAAACUCUCUGAGUUGAGAUGUGCACAAAACACAGAAGGUACCUGGAGUGACAUCUCCCUGUCGGAUGUUGAAUCCAGUACAAGUGGCUCCAACAGCUCCCAGUCAGAUGAUCCUCCUGCACAUUUGUUCAGUGUGACAAACAAGGAGGACUACAAUGAGAAGAAGAAAAAGAAGAAAAAGAAACAUCUGCGAACAAGGAAGGAAAGAAAUGAUUUGCGACAAAAAUAUGCUCUGAGCCAUACAUUAAAACACCAGGAAGAUGUCGCGGCAAACUCUAUUUCUCCAAGUCCUGGAAAGACUUUGAGGCUUUCCAGGAGAUCAAGGAGAGACAGAAGUUCAGAAAAGAAGAACAAGCAGGUGAAUCAAGCAAUAUGUUUGUGUCAGGAGAAGAAUAUAGAGGAUUCAGUGUCUUCAAUGCAAGGAGAGAACCCAGUUACCAUUCAAGAGGAACAUCAAGCGCCUUCCUUGGAUAAGCAGACUAUUCCUGUCGCUCAGUGUGGCCUCAAGAACCAGAAUCCUGAGCCCCUCAUUGUAACCAUGAUUCCUCCACCACCAGCACAGCGACCAAGCCACAUAAAUUCACCCAUCAAACAGCAGCCAUCCCUCUUCUAUGGGCAACUUAAAGGAGAAUUCCCUGAGAAUCAAAAUAAAGACACCUCUUUUUCAUCAUCCUUUCUACCUGCUUCUGGAGUGAGACGGCACAGAUCCAUGUUGUGGAAUCCUGAUGUAUCUUCAGUGACUUUAAUGCUGCGCAGAGGUCUUUCUUUGAAAUCUCAAAUCACUGAGGACAAGAAAUUGCUGUGGAAUCUGACUCAAAGCAGGUCACAAGUACUUCCCAAACAAGAAUUCAAAUGGAAACCCCUGAAAAUUGACCAACUGCUUCUGAGGGUAGAGAAGGAACACCAUCAUGGCAAAGUCAGGGGAGCACGAAAGGAGAGUGGUUGGAAACAUUCUUCACUAGAGGAGGGAGUUGCUGGUCCCAAGUCAAAGGCUGUUUUGUUCCCAUGAAGUCAUUGACUCUGAAUAACUCACACUGAACUCUACUGUAGCGGGGAUUGCAAGGAUUUAAUUCAAAGUUUGCUACAUUAGUUUGGCAAAAGAAAAUUGAAGCCUUAAUAGAGAGGAUGGUCACAUUUUUAUGUAUAGGUAUAAAUGUGAGAUUAGCUGGUAAGAAAUAUUAAGAUAACUCUUUAGUUUCUGUUAGUAUGGAACUGCAGUAUUUCAGGGGUGAUACAGAGUUCCCAGCUCCUCAUAUUUAGGGAGGUGUCCUUUUGCAAGGGAGAAUUAACAAGUGGUGGGGAGUAGUUAAUAUUGUCUGAUCAUAUUCUCCCCUAUUAUGAGUGCCCCUUCUACACAUAAUUUUUCAUUGCUUUCCAGUUGGGCUCUAAAAUUACACCUCUAGUUGAAAAAGAAAAAAGAUUGUUGAAGGACGAUGUUUAGGGGAGAAUCUAUGUGUAUAUGAAUAUAUUAUAUAUAAUUUCCUCCUGUAGAUUUUCCGCUACAAAUGUCUUUUCUACCCCCAACUACUUUGGCAAAUGUGGAGUUGGGGAACCUGUGUUUAAGAUGUAGUUCCACCCUUAUUUAUUUAUUUUUUUAAAAGUAUUCAUAAUCUCAAAUGUGUGAGAUUGUUAAUGUUAAAAUUCUGAUGACUAUGUGUGGUGAAUUUUAGUUUUCAUAGGUUGCUGUAUAGUAGUGAGCACUGUCAUAACAGAACACAUCUUCUAGCACAAUAUUGGGGUUGGAUCUAGGCAAAACAAAAUCUACAUUGAUUUCCCCCUUCAUGUUGUUCUCUAGGGCCCCUUAUCCCCCAAGAGUAGAAUUUCUUGGAGAUCAGUGGGCGGGGAAGAGGCAGAGAAAAUUCCAUUGCACUGAUGGAAAAAUUAGAUACAACUCUGGAACUGGAUAGGGACGAAUUGCAAUAUUCAGGUACAAAUAUUGUUGCAUUUUCAUUAUUUUAGCAGCGAAUCAGAUUCCUAGCUCUCAAAGAAGGUAUUGACUACCUGACAUCCUGUCUCCAAUCAGUCUCUGCUAAUACUACUUUCUAUAACUUACUUGGUGUUCUUUGUUCCAGAGAGAAAAUUAUAUGCUGUGUGAAUAAUAAAGGGCUUAACAAAUGGC